AUGAAUCCAAGGCAAAGCCAAAUCCUGGCUUUCGGUGCUCUGCUUUGCCUGCUUCUCGAUAGCGGUUUCGCUCUCUCGGAUAAAGGGCGAGCUUCUCUGGCGAAGGCACUCAAAGGCAUCGACCUCGAGCAGCGUCGAGAGAGAUUGAGAAAACUGCAAGGAGCUGAUCUGGACGUUACGUUAGUUGGAGCAUCACCAAAGACCGUCAAGGAAGUGCAAAGCAAAACGUCAUUCCCAGGGGGAGCUUCGAUCGUCGAGAAAAAUGGAAUUGAAGGUGUUGGCGAUUACAUGUACGAGGGUGACAUCAAUCUUACUGAGGAGCAGCUCUCUGCCCUGGAAUCGAGCCUGAACAGUGGCACCCCUCGUCAGAAGCGUCAGGCCGCUAAGGUUAAUCCUAUAUGGGCGAACAAAAAAGUCUUCUAUUACUUCGACGCAAGUUUUGGAGCUACAAUGAAGGCGCUCGUCAAGAAAACGCUCGCUUACCUCGCCGCUCGUACAUGUCUCACCUUUGUUGAAAGCUCCACAGCUGCAAAUCGCAUUCGAGUAUUCAGUGGAUCUGGAUGCUACUCAAACGUUGGGAUGACAGGAGGAGAACAGGCUCUAUCGUUGGCCGAUGGUUGUAAUACGAUGGGAAUCGUUGCCCACGAGUUCAUGCAUGCUCUCGGUAUAUUCCAUAUGCAAAGUCGCUACGAUCGUGAUUCCUUCGUAACAAUCAACUUGACCAAUGUGCCGGAGGAAAGUCGUCACAACUAUAACAAGUACACAUCAGCACAAACAGUCAACUAUACUCCCUAUGAGUUCGGUAGCGUUAUGCACUAUGAUGCCAAAUCGUUCGCUACUNCUGGAGAGUCAAUGAUACCAAAAAACGCCCGGUUCCUCUAUACCAUUGGAUCUCAAAUGAUUUCGUUUUACGACUUAAGCAUUAUCAAUACCCAUUACAAGUGCAAUGCCAAAUGUACCACUGGAGCAAAAUGUGUCAAUGGAGGAAAAAGAAAUCCGAAAAAUUGCGCCACCUGCAUAUGCCCAGCUGGUUACGGUGGCGCGCUGUGUAACCAACGGCCAGCAGGGUGCGGUGCUGUACUGACAGCAGCAGCAACUUGGAAAACAAGAAAGAUUGUUCAAGGUAAUGACACAGACACAGAUAUCCGUCAAACCCACGCAAUCUGCAAUGAUUGGAUCAAGGCACCGACUGGAAAGAAAGUGCAGGUGAAGGUUACAGCCCUGAAUGGAGUUUACUGUCAGUAUGGAUGCUGGGUACAGGGGAUUGAAUUCAAGACCUUGGCGAAUAAGCUGAACACGAAUCCAAGGUGA